CAAGGACCUAUAUCUCACCAAGACAACACGUCGGAAUCAACACAUUUAACGGGAAGGAAAAGCUAGACAGACAGUUCGUAAAAAGGUAUCAGUCAUGGAGGUUACAGAAAAGGCCAUGCCCAAAAACGCCCAGCUGCUAUCUAUUGGCCACAAGGACACUUGUCGCCUCUUGGAGGUGUAUGUGAAGCGCAGCAUCAGUUUAAAUGACGGGACACGUGAGAACCAGAGGUCACCAACAAAGCCUCAGAAGUGGGUGACUCUGUCAGAGAAACACAGAAGAGUCCGCCGGCAUUCUAGAGACACCUUGAUCACCUUGGAGCCCAGCACACCUGACGUGGGUAUUGCCAGUAGCACACCACCUGACGAGGAAGUUGCUAUACCAAAUGUGCCUCGAGUAGAAAACCCUGGGCCUGCUGACAUUGCUGAGAAUGAGACGUCUACUGAACUGGAGAAUAAGUCUAAAAAGGGCAAGAAGAAGAGCAAAAAGACUUCUCUCUGGAAAGGUUUCCUGGGUUUCUUCUCGGCGAAGGGGAGUGACAAGAAAGAUGAGCAGGAGUCUGGCACAGAGAAAGAUGGACUGUCACGAGGAACCUUGCAGAAAAAGAAAUCCAUAAGGCGAAGGAGCUCCAUGAGGACACUAUCCCUGAGAAAAAGCAAGAUUGACAGCCACAGAGGGUCUGUAAAGAGACCAUCGGCUCGGGACAGGGCCAACACCACUGACAUUACUGGAGUUGAAUCGGUUUUGAGUGUUUGGCCUACUGACUCGUACUAUGAGAAAGUUUCAGAAGAGCUGGAGAAGAUUGUGCAUGAGGUAAAAGAGACAGACACAGCUCUUACAGAUGAGGAAGUCAUCAAAAGGAUCAUUGUUCUGAUGAAGCAGCAAGGAGACAUCAUUGAUAACAAGCUGAAGGAGAACCCCAGCUUGAGCUCAUUCUUCCAGAAGCUGUCCUACAGCACCUUCCAGCAGUUAGCUGAUACGUACGUGGAGACAGAGACCCCUACAGGCCAGAGCCGCCAGACACGACACACUGCUGGGCCUGGGCCCGUCAACGCCCCGGAGCUGGUCAAGCUUGCCUUCACUCUGGACUUCACAGCCAGGGUGGCCUGUCUCUCCAGGCAUUCCAAAGGCCACAUCAUGGGCAUGGGCCACCGCUACUUAGAGAACCGCUUCACACAGACACAGGUUAAUCCAGAUCAGACGUUGCAUAAAUAUGAUGAUCCUAAUCAUUGAUACACCGUCACAGGCAAAUAAGACUAACCACUGCAGGGGAAACCGAACAUUCUUGGUGGUAUAAAAGCACAUGGAGUGCUCCUCGAUUCCUUGUGACACAAAUGGAAUAGAUUACUUAAAAUAGAUUACUUAAAAUGAAACCCAGAGGCAAGUCAUGAAGGGAACAUCACACACAACACUUAUAGUAGGCCUUGUACCAGUAAAUCUACACUAGGGUAAUCUGUGUAAUUACUAUGUUUACAGGUUAGUAAGUCAUGGAUAUGCAAUAUGGAGUUCUUACCACUUUCGGUGCAAUCUGUAUUUAUUUACCUGAAUUAUAAUAUAUGCCAAAGCGACUAAUCAUGUAUGCAUACAUUUUACCAUUAGUGGUAAGUACUAUGUACUGUAACUGCCUUUACUAACUACCCUGCUACAAGGUACAGGUACAUAGGUUAUUCCUCUACAGUUACAGCACCGUUUCUUAAUCCUGGUUCUUGGGACACAAAGGUUUUUGCCCUAGCUCUACACACCUGAUUCCACUAAUCAAAGGUUUGAUGAUGAGUUGAUUAGUAGAAUGAGUGCUACGGUAGUGCCUUGUUUCUGGAAAUUGUACUUAUGACCCCUGUACCUUUCACCUGAAAGAAUAAGAAAAGCAAGCUAUUGAAAAUAACUUUAUGUAGCAAUAUUUCUAGGAAGUAUAAUUAUACUAAACAAAAAUAUAAAUGCAACAUGCAACAAUUUCAACGAUUUUACUGAGUGACAGU